AUGUCUGAGGGUGAAGUUGAAAAUCAAAUCCAUGAUUGUGAAACCGGUGCAGAGGGUAUGGAUAGAGCUGAAAGUAUAAGUCUAAUCAAAGGCAAAGGAAAAUGCAAAGUUGAAGAGGAUAGCGAAGAAUCUGAUGAUGAACUUGAGGAAACUCCUGAAGAUGCAACCAGCAGUUCCAAGUAUCCUUAUUUCCUUGCUACAUUGAAGAGUUACAACACUGGCAGAUCUUUCUUACCGAUUCCUAGGAUUUUUUCAAGAUCAAACAUUCCUGAUGAUAUAGAAACUAUAGUUCUUAAGGAUGAAGAAGGAAAAGAAUGGCCAAUCAAACUAACUCGUCGCGAAGAUUCCUGCGGUGUCUAUUGUGGAUUUGGCUGGUAUGAUUUCCAGUUAGAGAAGGGGUUAAAAAAAGGAGACAUUUGUCUAUUUGAACAAGAGAAUGAAGAUCAAUUGGAGUUCACAGUUAGCAUUAUUAGAAUUAUAAAGUAA